UCUAUUUUAACAAUGCUAUCCCUCCAUUGUAUUAUUCCUCUUAAUGUACAUAAAGACUGACCUCUGAAACUGCGGAAAACGUUACUGGAGUGAGGCAAGCUCAAUGUACAGUACAUGGCCAAAUUAUACCAUAUAGUUCCUCUGACAUUUGGCUCUAUCAGGGGAAGUUUACAGUCCACAGUAGCAUUCUUGAUCACCAUAUUUGUCAUUGCUUUCAUCUAUUUCGCCCGCGGAAAUGGAGGGCUAUUUGAUCAGAAAGAACUGUUGACUGAUAAUAGUACUAGUCAGCGUAGUACUGAUCCAAAUCAGUCAUCAGAGAGCUGUGAUUUAUCUUCAGGGAAAUGGGUAUUUGACAACAAGUCUUACCCUCUUUACAAAGAAGAAGAAUGCAAAUUCAUGUUAGGUGAGAAUGCUUGCAAAGAGUAUGGCAGAAAGGAUAUGAAUUAUCUACACUGGAGAUGGCAACCUCAUCACUGUAACCUCCUCAGGUUCAAUGCCACAGUACUGCUAGAGAGACUGAGGAACAAAAGGAUGGUGUUUGUCGGAGACUCAUUGAACAGGGGCCAAUGGCUCUCAAUGGUGUGCCUUGUCGACAAAGUUAUACCUCCAGGCCUCAAAUCCUUGCACUACCAUUUUAACCACUCCUUGACCACAAUGAGAGCUGAAGAAUAUAAUGCCUCGAUCGAGUUCUAUUGGUCACCAAUGCUAGUGGAAUCAAACUCAGAUGAUCCAUGGCACCAUCUCGUUCCAGAUCCGACUGUGAGAAUAAAAUCAAUCUACAAGCAUGCUAGGCACUGGACUAAUGCAGAUAUACUCAUCUUCAAUGCCUAUAAUUGGUGGAACAGGCCUUUUGUUAACACAUUGUGGGGUACAUUCGAAAGUGGAAUAGUCAAAAGAGUAGAGAUGCUGCGCAGCUAUGAAAUGGGACUGAAGACAUGGUCAGAUUGGUUAGAAAUCCAUAUCGACCAUAACAAGUCACAAUUAUUUUUCAUGAGCAUGUCUCCAAGCCAUAAAUGGGGCGAAGAAUGGGGCAAGAGUGCUCGUGAAAAUUGUUACAACGAACAAGAAAUGAUCAAAACAGAAGGGUACAGAGGAAAUGAAACAGACCCUAGAAUGAUGAGAAUUGUGGAGGAUGCAAUUAGUGAUCUGGGGAAGAGAGGUUUGCCAGUGAAACUAGUGAACAUAACUCAACUUUCCGAGUACAGAAAAGACGGUCACCCAUCAAUUUACAGGAAGCACUGGGGGGCCUUAAGUGAAGAACAGUUGUCAAAGCCAACUAGUUAUUCAGAUUGUACACAUUGGUGUCUUCCCGGGGUUCCUGAUGUUUGGAACGAGCUCCUGUAUACUCACAUUUUUUCAUAAUCUUACAGGACGAGUAAUUCUAAUAAAAUUUCACAAAUCAAUCGUGUUUGUUAAUAGUUUGUUGCUUUAGAUUUAUGUCUA